AUGUACGGUAGCCCCUACCCCCCCUACGGCCACCCUCCCGCCGGAAAACCACCCUACGGGCCCCCAGCGAGCAGCUUCCCAACCCCGCCCCCAUUCAUCCCACCCAGCUCCAGCCAGUCGCCUCAGCAGCCCCCGGCCUUCCCUCACAACGUGUCUCCCCCCGGCAAUCCCGCCCCGCAACAGCCCGGCCGCCCUGCCGGAUUCGCCCCACCCCCUCAGCAAGCCCUGCCACUGCCACAGUCCUCACCCCCAAGCGCCCAGACCCAGCUGCCCCAAGCCCCCAAGCCCGGAAUCCCCCCGCCCCACAUGCCCUUCCAGCAUCUCCCACCCCCACCAGGCUUCCCCCAUCUCCAUCCGCCCCCUCACCUCGCCCCCCCCAUCAUGCCCCAGCCACACCCCCAUCAGUUCCCUCACCAUCCUCCACCCGGUAGCUACUUCCCACCACCCACCCGACACGCCGGCCUUGGCUCUCACGCCCAACCACUCAACAUCAACGCCGUCCUAUCCCCCCCGCUCAACCUUCCCUCCGCCCCCCCAAACCUCAGCCAGCCACCCCCGGCCUCCUCACCCGCCGCCCUUCCGGCUAGACCCGUGCCAACCGAAAUCUACAGCCUCUUUGUCGGAUCCAUCGCCGAGGGUGUCGAUGAUGCCUGGCUCGAACGUCUGCUCGGUUGCGCAGGCCAUCUCGUCUCCCUCCGCCGGAUUCGUGACCCCAACGGCAAACCGAAACCGUUCGGCUUUGCGGAGUAUGGCGAUGCCGAAAGCGUUUUGAGGUGCUUGAAAGUGGUCAAUGGCCGCAAGCUUCCUAUCGACGGCGGCCGAGCCGGCGAAAAAGCAUUACUGGUCAAGCCUGACGAUAAGACUAAGGCUAGAUUGGAAGCUUAUGAGGCCAACAGAAUCAAGACCGAUCAAGAUGCUGAUUUAGACACCCAGGCGAUCGAACGUCUCGAAGGCCUUAUCUCACAGAUGAAAGAUCCCGAUGUUGUGGCCGCCACUGCAUCGGAUCCCAACGCUGCUUCCAACAGUGCUAGUGCCAAUGCCAAGAGAAACUCGGCAGCUCACUUACAAGACUUGGCUCCUGAGGACCUGCCCGAGGAAUCCAGAGGGACGAUCACCCGAGAGAUCCAAUUCUUCCGAGAACGAGCGAUCAGUAAGCGAGGCGAAGCGGAGAAAGCUGCCAAGGAGCGCGAGCGGGGCCACCGUGAUUCUGGGUCUGGCUCACCCGCUGGGCCCCGGGGAUAUAACGCCACCAACGGCAAGGCUGGUUACGGCUCCUCGAAUAAUACCCCCAUGGGUCCCCGUGGGACUCCGAGCGGAUCCGGUGGCGGCUCGAUGGCCGCUCAUGAUCCACAGUCCUCCUCCAAUCGGCCCAUGGGAUUCGUCCGUGCCGGUCAGAUGGCGGCUGCCAAACAGAGUGCCCUGGGCACAGCCAAUCCGGGGCCAGAUGGUGCGGUGCCGCUGACAGAUGAGGAAGAAGAGAGGAUGCGCGAGGAUAGACGGAAGCGAAUGAACCAUCUGGAGUUUAAAGAUCGUGAGCGACGAUGGGAAACUCGAGAGCGUAACCGUGCCCAAACUAAUCAACGCGAACAGCAGCGGGAGAAGGCCAUCAAGGAGGAAGAAUCUCGGCUGCGCCACCAAACGAAGACCCGGCUGGCUAAUUGGGAUGAUGAGAUCGAGAUGGAUCGGGGCAAGGAGCUGUUCUAUUCGAACCGACUGAAGUGGCGCAACGUGCGCCGGACGUUCAGACAGCGCGAAGAAAAAUCGGACCGGAUCGAUGAGGAGCUUGAGAAGGAACAGCUGGAGGCGAUCCGCAAGGAAUCCGAGGACUUCCUGAACAGACAGGCGGAGAUGAUUGCGAAGAUGCAGGACGAGAACCGCAAGGCCGGCUUGUUACAGCUGGACGAGGGGGGGAAGCCGAUCCAGCUCUCGUUCGGCGGCUUUGGGGCCAACCCGAGUGGGGCAGGCAAACCAGGGCAUCCAGGAGGAGGAGGAGGAGGUGGUGGUGGUGGCGGUGGCGGUGGCGGUGGAGGAACUCAUAUGCAGCCGAUCUCGUUGAAGAAGGAGAGUAAGCUGGCCGGAGGCUUGUUGGGCAACGGGGACGACGACGACGACGGGUUCAAGAAGAAACGGGCCCUGAUCCCGCUGACGUACGACGACGAGGACAGCAAGGCUGAGAACGCGGCGGCGGCUAAGAUCAAUAUCCGGUUCGGGAAGGGCCAGCUCAAGGAAGGGGCUGGGCAGUCUGAGGAGAAGAAGAAGCUGAAGAUGAAGGAGAUCGUCGCGUCGGUGCCGAGCGAUAAGGACGGACUAUGGGGCGUGGAGAUGAAGUGGGAGUGGCUGAGCGAACCGAUGAUCAAUGACAAGCUCAAGCCGUUUGCGAACAAGAAGAUUGUCGAGUACUUGGGCAUCCAAGAGGACGAGCUGGUGGUGGCGAUCAUCGACCAUAUCCGGGCGAGGAAAGACGCGCAGGGAUUGGUCGAGGAGCUCGAGCCGGUGCUGGCCGAGGAGGCCGAGGAAUUCACGCUCAAGUUUUGGAGGAUGCUCGUGUUUGAGCUCCGGGCUGCUGAGGCUGGGGUCAGCUCUUCAUCUGUUGUUGGGUAG